UGGGCCACCGGUGGCAGCAGCGCGCUCCAGCCCAGAGAGGCGGCCCCGGGCUCUCCAUCGCCUGCCUCCAGGACAGCUUUCUCAGGGGCUGUUUGACUAAGCGCUCCCAAACUUUGGGGGUCUUAAUGCAUGCAGCCCCAAGUCUCGCGGUGUUACAGCUCAGACAUCUUGGAGAGACUGGCAUUUUUACGCGGGGAUCUGAGAUUGCUUUCCUUCUUCUCCUCGACAAAAGGCUGAACUAGAGGGGGGUGGGGGAGAGGAGGAGGAGGAGGAGAAGGAAGAGGAGAGGAGCAGGAGCAGCAGCAGCAGCCUUAGCGCUGGGCCUGGGCGGAGCGCAGCGCCGAGGGGGAGAGGGCGAGGGAGGCAGGCUGGUGGGUGUGGGGAGUACUAGCUUGCGCGCAGCGCUGCGCUCUGGCCUCCCUCCCUGUCCCUUUGUGUGGGUGCUAGCCUGCAGCGCCUCUGGCCUCGGUCCCUUUACGCUCGGGGCGCCCAGUCUGCUCCUCCUCCACCUUCCUCCCUACCCUGGCCCGCCCCCUUCCCUCCCCUCCCCUCGCUCCUUGCAUUGCUCUAAAUUCUUCUUGGAGACAAGAUGGCAACACCGGCAGCGGUCAAUCCUCCGGAAAUGGCUUCUGAUAUCCCAGGAUCAGUAACUCUGCCUGUUGCCCCCAUGGCAACAGGGCAAGUGAGAAUGGCAGGAACCAUGCCUGCUAGAGGAGGAAAGAGGCGUUCCGGAAUGGACUUCGAUGAUGAAGAUGGUGAAGGCCCCAGCAAAUUUUCAAGGUAUGGUGAUGUUCAAAACUCUGGGGAUAAGGAAAAAUUUGCAAGGUGGGAACAUGCCCCAAGUAUUUCUGAUGCAGAGAGGUUGGCCAGAGAGAAUCACAGUGAGAUUGAACGGCGUAGGAGAAACAAGAUGACCCAGUACAUCACAGAGCUUUCCGACAUGGUUCCCACAUGCAGUGCCCUGGCUCGAAAACCAGAUAAGUUAACCAUUCUGCGCAUGGCAGUCUCACACAUGAAGUCCAUGAGGGGUACAGGAAACAAAUCUACUGAUGGAGCCUAUAAACCUUCAUUUUUAACAGAGCAGGAACUAAAACAUCUCAUUCUCGAGGCUGCUGAUGGAUUUCUGUUUGUAGUUGCUGCUGAAACUGGAAGAGUUAUCUACGUGUCCGAUUCAGUCACGCCAGUUCUGAACCAGCCCCAGUCUGAGUGGUUCGGCAGCACCCUCUAUGAACAGGUCCAUCCAGAUGAUGUGGAAAAACUGCGAGAGCAGCUGUGCACAUCUGAAAACUCAAUGACAGGUCGGAUUUUGGAUCUGAAGACAGGGACAGUCAAGAAGGAAGGUCAGCAAUCUUCUAUGAGAAUGUGCAUGGGAUCCAGACGCUCUUUCAUUUGCAGGAUGAGGUGUGGAAAUGCCCCUUUGGAUCACCUUCCUCUGAACAGAAUAACCACCAUGCGGAAAAGAUACAGGAAUGGUCUAGGCCCAGUUAAGGAAGGAGAGGCACAAUAUGCUGUAGUCCAUUGUACAGGAUAUAUCAAGGCCUGGCCUCCAGCAGGAAUGACUAUACCUGAAGAAGAUGCUGAUGUCGGACAAGGCAGUAAAUAUUGCCUUGUGGCAAUUGGGAGACUUCAGGUAACUAGCUCUCCUGUAUGCAUGGAUAUGAAUGGGAUGUCUGUCCCUGCUGAGUUCUUAUCCCGACACAACUCUGAAGGAAUCAUCACAUUUGUGGAUCCAAGAUGCAUCAGUGUUAUUGGCUACCAACCACAGGAUCUUCUGGGAAAGGACAUUUUGGAAUUCUGCCAUCCGGAAGAUCAGAGCCAUCUGAGGGAGAGUUUUCAGCAGGUUGUUAAACUGAAAGGCCAAGUACUAUCGGUCAUGUAUCGAUUUCGGACCAAAAACCGGGAGUGGAUGUUAAUCAGGACCAGCAGCUUCACUUUUCAGAAUCCUUAUUCUGAUGAGAUUGAAUACAUCAUCUGUACCAACACCAAUGUCAAACAACUUCAGCAACAGCAGGCCGAACUUGAAGUACACCAGAGAGAUGGAUUGUCAUCAUAUGACCUAUCUCAGGUACCUGUUCCAAAUAUACCAGCUAAUGUUCAUGAAGCUGGAAAACCAGUAGAAAAGGCAGACACAAUCUUUUCCCAAGAAAGAGAUCCUCGGUUUGCUGAGAUGUUUGCAGGAAUCACUGCAUCGGAGAAAAAAAUGAUGACCUCUGCCUCCGCUGCUGGGAACCAGCAACUUUACUCGCAAGGAAGCCCGUUCCAGCCAGGACACUCAGGAAAGGCAUUCAGCUCUUCAGUGGUUCAUGUACCUGGAGUCAAUGAUAUUCAGUCCUCUUCUUCAACAGGCCAAAAUAUGACACAGAUUUCUCGCCAGAUAAAUCAGAGUCAAGUUGCCUGGACUGGGAGUCGUCCACCAUUUCCUGGACAGCAAAUCCCAUCGCAACCCAGCAAGACUCAGUCUUCUCCCUUUGGAAUCGGGACCAGCCACACCUACCCAGCUGACCCAUCCUCCUACAGUCCUCUCUCCAGUCCAGCCACUUCUUCGCCCAGCGGGAAUGCCUACUCCAGCCUCGCGAACAGGACCUCGGGGUUUGCUGAAAGUGGACAAAGUAGCGGGCAGUUUCAAGGGAGGCCUUCAGAGGUCUGGUCGCAGUGGCAAAACCAGCAUCAUAAUCAGCAGAGCAGUGACCAACAUUCACAUCAGCAGCCCAAUCAGACUGAAGUAUUCCAGGACAUGCUACCGAUCCAGGAGACCCAACCCAGGGAACAGGCAAUUAUAAUAAUGAAGACUUACUGAUCUAGGCAUGUUCCCACCAUUUUCUGAGUAACAUCUGAGAGGAAAAAAAUAAAAAGAAGAAAUCUUCCUCUUCCCAGCGCCAUUCUGUGAAACCAUCCCCAUUGACUUGGGGCCUGGCUUUGUCAGUGUUUUACUACCAUAUGACCCAUGAAGAAAGGGAUCUAAUUUCUUGUAUUCCAGUAGAAAUUCCCUCAUCUUAGUGCUCACGUGUAAUCUGCAUUAAUAGUGCCUGGGCUUCUCUAUGGCUAUCAGAUAUGGUACUCUGGGGAGUGGUAGAAAUAUUGUUUUUCGUUUCAUCUUAUUUUAUUUUGCCUCAGAAGUGAGUUUUGAGGGGGUCCUUCACAUUGGAAUGUGAACCACCUCUGAAGAGACACUCCAGGUCUUUUUAAAAAACAAUCAGCGAUAAAUUCAGUAAGCCCCCAAGGGAGAGGUCAGGUACAUCCAGCACUAAGACCUACUACCCAGGGAAAAGUAAAAACCACGUUAACAUACUGGCUUUUAACCUUCUGUUGGCAUGGGGGUGGGUGGGGGGAGAGGAGCAGGGGAUUCGGUUUCUUUUUUUCUGUCUGUCAUGCUGUUUUAGCUCAGUUUGAAGAUGAGAAGCAAAAGCCGUUAACAUGGGCCAGAUGAAGCCCAAGAGCCUUUUCCUUUGCCUUGCUCAAAACAACUAAAUCUGAAUGUGUGUACAUCUUAGUGCCGUUGUAUUAUUGUGCUGUGUGAAGUGAAUUUCCUGUUCUGGUAGAUUCAUUUUUUUAUCUUGUGUCUGUCAUGUGAGACCAAAGUG